UUUCAGCCAAUCUUUCCAAUGACGUUUUUCUGUCAGUAUAAAUAGCACUGAAUACGUAGUUUUAUUUACUAAUCGAUAUCUGUGUCUUUAACCGACAUUCUUGCACCCAAUAUGUCAUAAUCGUGAUAUAAAACAGUUAUUUACGAAAUUGAAACACGGCUCAGCGUGAAAUGUAAAGCCAUGCGGAACAGUUAACUUUGGGAUUUGUGUUUACAACCGUAACAAAAAUGUCGGCUGGAUAUGUACGUCCUUUGUGUAUUUGUUCAAGGAUUAAAUCUAGACACGUGUGUUUGAUCACAAUGUAUUGUGCAUAAUAAACAACAUAUCAACGUCAAUUUUACAAUGAACAAUAACAUUCAGCCAGGGUUAUCGUGUGAUUGGAAUGGACAAAAAUGGACACCGACUGUUACAAAUUUACAGGAACAAUGGACAGCACAGAACCCCCCUGGUGUAGCUCGAGGGAAGGUAUGGCAACCAAAAGUUGCUCCUCCUCCACCGAAUCGUCUGCCACCACUCGAAAUCGACGAAAUGAGUGAUGAAAGUCUGGAGAAUGCUGUUGCUAACGGAUAUCCUCUAGAUUUAUCAACUUUUAAUAAAACAACAGUGCAACACUCAAGACAGGCGGAAAGUCCUUUAGAUUUAUCGUUGAAAACACGUAAGCGAUGUGCAGAUUCAACACUUCAUUGUAAUCAGUAUGGACAAAUUGGCAAAAAAAUGUGCUUACCUUCUCAGAGUAGAUCACACGAUAGAUCACAUGACCGACAAUCGCUAGUUCAGCAAGCGAUUGUUGACAACAUGGGUAUGCAAAAGCAAGCAUGCCAACAGUAUACUCCUACAGUAGAUCUCAUGCAUCCUGAAAGUGUGCGCCAUAAACGAGACUAUCAUACUACGUCACGACAGCAUAUGCAAAAUAUAGACUCAAUGCAUAUGAAACACAGUUUUAGUUCUGCAAAAAAUGUGCAAAAUGUGCAAACAGUGCAACAAAAAAUGUUUAUCCCCGAUCAAACUGAUGUCCGUCAGCGGUAUUCAAGUCAAACAAUCAGUCGUCAAUACGUGACGUCUAGUAAUCAAAUAUAUCCUGAUGAAAUAUCAAAAGUGUCUUCUCAUCAUUAUGGUAGCUCUGUUCGUAGGGCCAGUAGUACACAAAUCCAUGAAGCUCAAAAAUUUUCAAACUACUCUGGGAAUAAUUCAAGAGAACGGCAACAUAAUAUGUAUAGGGAACACCCGCAGUAUUAUGCACAGAGGCAAGAGGUUUCAUCUCAAAAUCAUGGUAUUUCACCAGCAAGUAAAAAUCAUGAGACAACCAACUAUCAAAUGAUGUCUCAGGUUCAAAAGAACGUUUCAAAUUCAAAUUCAGCUUCAUUAUUAAAUUCAUCGAAAUAUUUAGGUAACCGCUCUCAACUUGAUUCAUAUGGGUUUGUCCGUCAUAACACUGCAGCUGUUGCGACAUAUUCUCCUAGUAGUGUUUCUAUAUCCUCAAGAUCGCCUUCAUUUCAGGGUCAUCAUAGUCGACCGAGUGUAUUGUCAGGGGGGUUGCAAUUUAAGCAUCCCCAGGAGUGCUGUAGUCCAGACAGUACGAACGUAUUACAGUCACCUUCGGACUAUAUUAUUCCAUUAUCACGUGAUCCAUCAGCCAAUAGUCCUAGUAUGUCACGUGAAACUCUGCAGGUGCGCAGAAAUGGUGAAAUGAAAAGCAGUCGUGUAUCUAGUACGAGUUAUACCCCUUCAUCUUCACCAAGAUGUGGGUACGUUUCAAAUUCUCCAAGUGGAUAUGUUUCAAAUUCUCCUAAUAUGAUCUCAAAUAGAAAAUCACCGUCCAUUCAACCGCAGUCCAAAUUGACCUCUUCUCCAGGUAUUGACAGUCUUGAGAUAACGUCAAUUAUGCAGCGUUCUAAUCAAAGUCGUUCGAUAAUUAUGGGCACAAGUGGUUCAAUAGUAAACGACAUUCAAAGCAAAACAAUCAUUAAAAACAGACCACGAUUGUGGAAUCGAGAUCAGUUGAAGCAUAGUUUAUUUAAUCUAGAAAAAAACACGUUUGAAGAGAAGAAUAUAGAGUCAAAAAGUAAAUUAGCUAAUUGUGAUCUCAACUCUUGUAGAAAUGAAACAAAAAACACUGAUGGGUGUGAGAAAGCUGUUUCUACAGAAACAGAAUUUACUAGUCCUUUAGAAAUAGCAAUUCCAAAGACUGCUGAGAACAAAUCAGAAAAUAGACCGAAACCGUUUUCCAAGAAACAUAUAAUCAUGAAUGCUUUUAGAAACGACGAAUCUAUGAAACACAUUCUCGAAGAACAAAAGCCACAACCAUCUAUACAUCCAUCUGAACAACCAUCUAUACAACCACCUGAGCCGAUAAGAAGCACUACCUUUAUUUCUCCUGAAUCUCCUAAAAUGCCGACUUUAAGUCCUCAACAAAAGUUACCAGCACCAAAAGUGUCGCCGUUGAUGGGAGAACCGCCAACUCUUGAUAUCGCAGGUUCUCAAGGAAAUCGUCGAAAGCAAAACAAAGUAUCCCCGAAUAGGAAAAUACAGAUAAAACAUUCUUCUGAUAAACCAACCAAUCACAAUGAAAAACAGGAUUAUUCAAUACAGCCACAAUCAAGUUUUCCUCAAAGACCAAAAUUACCAUACAAGAGAAUUCCUGUUGCAAAUGUUGCACCAAUGGUGCACGGUAGAUGUAAUUCUCCAAAAGAUAAAAACAUUCCUAUGUCAGAGAAAGGCACAGCAAAUCAGGACAUUAAAGAGUUUGUGUCAAUUCCAACGCCGCAACCUAUACAGGUAUUCCGUGUGGAAACUAUAGUAACGAAUCAAAAUGACAUUUCAGAAUUAAGUAUUAAAGAAUCGUCUCAUUUAAAGUCCAAGGAAGAAUUUAUGUUAAAAAGAGGAAAUCCAAAAUAUAAGGCAAUCAAGUCAAAUUUAGCCCUCCACACCAACAAGGCAAAAUUCAAAGAGAACACCACCGAGUGUACAGAAGAUGACAAUUGUCCAAUGAAAACUCGAGACAACAGCAAUUGUCCAAUGAAAGUACCUGUUCAUAGCAAAUUUUCACCGAAAACGCCACAGAACAAUUGUCCUUUGAAAACGACAGACCACAAAAAUGUUGGAAAGGAAAGUGCUAUUGAAAUGCCAAUUAGGGAAUCAAAAGACCAUAAUCAGGGCAAAACCGUUAGAAAGAGGCCUAAGCCAAAACAACACAUCAAACAGACCCACAGAAAGUUGAGAAUUAUCUCAAAUACUAAAAGGAAGGCUGAUGAAAUCAGAAGAAGAAUAAGAAAUGUCCCUGGAUCUAUGUCAGGUUCCAUGAAUAUUAGGCGAAUGCGUAGAAGAUUGCAGAUCUCAAAACAUAGUAGAGGAUUUAUUGACUUCCAGCCACAAGUUUUAGAAUCUAGAACAAGACGAAAAUCAGCUGGGAGACGAGGUUAUCAUAGAAAUGCAGCAUAUGAGAAAGAAUUACGAAGGGAAGAGAAACGCAAGGCAUUUCGUCAUCGACAACGUGUACACAGGUUUAAUAAAAGAUUAAGUAUGAAAACAAAAGCCAGGACAGUUGCACCGCCUACAACAGAACAGGUCGAAACAAGACUUCCUGAACAGAACAAUGAGGAGGCGACACCUUCUACAGUGGAAACUGAUAAUAGCGGAACAUGGGAGGUAAAAAAUACCAGCACAACGCUACGAAAUGGCAAAAGUAAAGGUGUUAGCAUGAAAAUAUUGUUUAAACCUCAAGAACAAAGGAGGUUCCGACGCAGGAUAAGAAAAAGAGGGAGAAUGAGAUACGGUUUAAAGAAGACAGUAUCUGCACCUUCCAGAUUAACAUUGCAAACACAGACCUUUGAUGAUGCUGGAUGCUCUCAAGUUUUUAGUGGUUCCCGAAUGCCUUGUAUGGAUAUACAUUCAGCAGACUAUUCCCAGUAUGAUUUUGAUGCAACCGAUCCUGUUGAUCAUCUUGCACCGGUGCCAUAUAUACCAUCUCUUCCGGAAGUGAAGAAACUUAGUGUGUGUAAGGACACCGGAGAAACAAUACUUCACCGUGCUGCUAGAAUGGGACAUGAGGAUGUGGCAUUGUCCUAUCUGCAAACUGGAAUUGUAGACGUGAAUGUCCGAGAUAAUGCGGGAUAUACCCCUCUUCAUGAAAGCUGUGUGAGCGGGAACAUGGUGAUUGCACGCAUGUUACUCUCGUAUGGUGCCAUGGUGAACUGUGCUUCUCAAGAUGGAAUAAGGCCAAUUCAUGAUGCUGUUGAUAAUGACUUUGUGCCAUUGGUGAGACUUUUAUUGUCAUAUGGUGCAGAUCCAACCUUAUCAACGUAUGGUGGUAAAACUCCCCUGAAAAUAUCACAUUCCAAGAAAAUGAAAUCUCUCAUUCAAGGUUAUUUAGGCGAUAUCAAUGGUUUUAAUGAGGAAUCUGAUUUGUCUGUGUGGGAGUUUGGUGCCUUUCAGGAUAAUGCGAUGACAGAAGAUGGCAUCUUAAACGACAUCCCCUCAGAUCCAGAAUCCGAUGAUGGUAUCUUUAUAGAAAGCGACACUCCUUUAUUCCAAGAAUUUUCAAUUACUCACCCGAUCUCAAAUGAAAGACAAAACGUUGUUCUUUUGAAGGACGUUACAGAGUUACUACAUGUGAAAACUGGUGAUUUAAUGAAAGACAAAUCAAUCAAAUCUGUGAUUAUUGAAGACGUUAAAGAAGCAAUACAGUCCAUAUCUGAAUUCACAUUUUGUUAUGAAAGACUUCAUUCUGUAUGUGAAGGUAAUUGUCGUCUGCUACAAACAAAUGACUUCAACCUUGUGUUCUCAAGAUCUGAGAAGAAAAAGAUUUCUGAAAAACAUGAUAAAGGAAAGAUGGUAAUCGUUCAAAGUAAUGCAACAGAAGACAAGAAAGAGAAGAAAAAGGCAAUGGAGAAAGAUAAAAGAAAACAAGAGAAAAUAUAUGACUUUGGAGGUGAACAAAGCUCAGUGGCAAAGAGUCCUAAACAUAAACCGUCACGUUCUUAUCAUCACGACUUUUAACUUUUCCUGAAAUUAAAUGGCUGUUAUUAUUAUAUGUAUCCUAUCAAAAAAUUAUUAUUCAGUAUUAAACAACAAAUAUUAAUUUUAUGAUUGUCACGAAUAUCAAGUAAAAACAUUUCUCAUUAAUAGCAAUUGUUCUGCACGGGUUGGCGUAAUGCCAAAAAGACAGUUUUUUUCUCAGGGAAGCCAUUAAAGAAGAAAUGACGUCUGCAUUUUAACAUCAACAUUAGAUAUGACAUUAAAUGUCAGUAUUGAUGCCAUAUAAUUUAUCAUUCAUAGCAUUUAAAAAUGUAUUGAUGUAAUAACCUUUCUGAACGUAUUUAGAAUAUUGAUCCAUUUAAGUCAUUUAUCAUUGCUGUAAUGAUGCUGAGCAGUAACGUCAGGCUUUGGUGAAGAAGAAUUAUCAUGAGGUAUUCACUUAGGGGUUUAUACAAUUAUAGUCUGAUAACAUCUCGAUGUGGAAAGACUGUAUUAAUUAGUAUUGUAACAUUGUAAGAAGGAUUCUUUGUGAUACCUGGUAAUAGAAAAGAUGAUAAGAAGUUUCUGAGAGUACAAUGACCGGCGGAGGUCGUUGCUCAGUAUAAGUAUUGAAAUGUGAUUUAGAUAUAAAUCACUAAUAUGAACAAAUCAAUAUUAUUCAUAUUAUGUAACAAAAGCUAUAUUGACGUUUAUAGAAACAUGCUGAAAACGUAAAAAAUUCAAAUAUCUCACAAUUAAACAAAACGACCUAUCCAUCAAAAUAGGAGCUAUGAGCUCUAGCUGUAAUAGAUAACAAUAUGUUGUAUGAAUAUAUGUACAUAAGAAUACAAAGUGUUUAACAGAAGAAGCAAACAAAUUUGUUAUAAAUACUCGCUGGACGAGAAAAUUGUUGUUAUAGUUUUUUAUUUUGCAAAAUCACAUAGAACAUAGUCAAUUUAUAGUUGUUUCAAAAAUGUUAAAUAGUAAGUUUGCCAAAAUGAGGUGUUGUUUGUUUAUGUUAUGUAAUUUUAUAUUAUACGUUUGUACAUGAAUGUAGAAGCAUGCAUGAUUGUUAAUGUGCAAAGGUUGUUAAAGAUUUGUUUAGAAAGUAUAAUAGAAAUAUAUGUUUUGGUCUGCUAUAAGUAUACACAGUAGAUAUGCUAUUUAGGCAAUAUAAACUUAAGCAUUCUAUCUUGUUGUCUGAAUAACAGUUGUCACACUUCAGAAACAAAAUCGUUUUCCCUAGAAAUCUAUUAGAUAGAAUAUAUCGAUUAGGUCCCUGAAAAAAUAUAACAAACAAAUAAAUAUCUUUUGUAUAUCAGCUAUAUUGAAACCUAUUAAAUCUUGCUUUAUGUCUUAUUUCAAAAGCUUUGAAAACAAGGUUUCAUUUUGAUGACUGAAAAAGAUAUACUUAAGGAAAGGUUUCGUUUACUUUAUUUUUAUCAUAGUAUUAUGGAGUCUCUAGACUUUUUUCCUCUAGUUAGUUCCCCUUUCUUUUUUGAUGCUUAAAUUAUCUAACAGAGAUUUAAAAUAUAUAGUGCUUAUACUUUAUUUUUACUCUCUUCUGUAAAUGCCUCAAUUGUUUUCCUUUUUUGUUGAUUUUUUUCACUUUAGAUGGCCGUAAGUCAUAAAAUAACUUAUUUAACUAAUUGUUAAGUGUUUGAUAUGAAUGACUUGUGUCUGACAUGUUUAUAUAUUUAACCAAGUAUCAGAGAAAUUCAUAGAAUAGACACAGCUUAUUUUGAUUAUACCAACUUGCUGUGGAAUAUAUAUUAUAAAGAAAUAUUUUACAGCAGUCAGAUAUUAUUUUCAUCUGGGCAAAAUGAAAAAUGCCUUAAGCAAAUUAAGUAAUAAGUACUUGGGAAAUGAUGCAUUGUCACAAAUGUAAAUUUGCCUGUUCGUAUCAUUUUACCACCUAACACUAUUUAUAUUAAGUAGAUCUGCGUAAAUUCGGUAAAGGAUCUGCACUAUAAUGAACGACAAAACAGUCAUUAAAAUGAUCAAAAUUCAUAACAUUUCCCUACAGUUGUAUAUAUUUACAAAUUUAUGUAAAAAGAAAAUCCAUAUUUACAUGGACGGGUUAAAUAAAUCAAUUCCUAGAUGUGUUUUUAUUAUUAUAAAUCAUCUCAUUAAAUUUUGAAUGUUCAUGUGACAUGUCACACUAAAAUAGAUAGCAAACUAUAUUUGUAAGAGAAUUGUGUUCGAAAGAGGGACACACAAAUAUGGAAAAAAGAUUUUAUAACGCUGUUAGAUUCUUCUUAUCAAUAUACAGUGAUCUUUGUUCAAAGAGACUUCAUGGUUUGUGUAUAAAGUCCUCUGUGAAGAAUGUUGUGGUGUUGAUAAUGAAUUGUGACAGAUAGCUUCAUCAGUAUUGUGAUGUUUUCAGAUGGUGCAUUUGUUUGUUACUUAUUGUUCAUAUGAAAUAAACUUGUUUCUGUA